CCGGGUGUGUCCCUGUGCGGUCGGGCGGACGUGGAUAGCGGGUCGGGAGACUCGGAGCUCGCAUUGCCGCGUUUCCAAAGCGUCUCUUGGCAUCUUGGCAGACCUUAAGUUUGCCUACGUUUCGGAUGUCUGGGAUGCGAGGAGAAAAUUUAAAGAUCUCCGAAAACACUUGGAAGCUUUCCCGGAGUAUUUUCCUUGCCGAUUUAAUUGCCCAGUUCCCACUGAUGAAGUUGGAGUGACUGCUGAAACUGAAUUUUAUUGACCAGAAGACAGUCCAUUUGUUUCACUUCUUUUUGUUUUCCCUACUGCUUUGAGCUUUACUGUAAACGACUGAAAAACUUGGAAAAUAAAAUGAACAUGCUGUGGUCUUGAACAUAAUUUUUUUUGAUGAAAAAUUAAAGUGCCACAGUGAAAGCUAGAAUGGCAUCCAGGGAGAGGCUCUUUGAACUUUGGAUGCUUUAUUGUACAAAGAAAGAUCCAGAUUACCUGAAGCUAUGGUUGGAAAAUUUUGUUUCUAGCUAUGAACAAUUCUUAGAUGUUGACUUUGAAAAGCUGCCUACCAGGGUAGAUGAUGUCCCUCCAGGAAUAUCUCUGCUUCCUGACAAUAUUCUGCAGGUUCUGAGAAUUCAGCUACUACACUGUGUUCAGAAAAUGGCAGAUGGGUUAGAGGAACAACAGCAAGCCUUAUCAAUUUUGCUUGUCAAGUUCUUCAUCAUUCUUUGCAGAAAUCUAUCUAAUGUGGAAGAAAUUGGGACUUGCUCUUACAUUAAUCAUGUCAUCACUAUGACAACACUCUAUAUUCAGCAAUUAAAAAGCAAAAAAAAAGAGAAGGAAUUGGCAGAUCAGACAUCUAUUGAAGAAUUUGUGAUCCAUGCAUUGGCAUUUUGUGAAAGUUUAUAUGAUCCAUAUCGGAAUUGGAGGCAUAGAAUUUCAGGACGAAUCCUUAGUACGGUGGAAAAAAGCAGACAGAAAUAUAAACCAGCUUCUCUGACCGUGGAGUUUGUUCCUUUCUUUUAUCAGUGUUUUCAGGAAAGUGAACAUCUCAAGGAAAGCCUUAAGUGUUGCUUAUUGCAUCUCUUUGGAGCCAUUAUAGCCGGUGGGCAGAGGAAUGCUUUGCAAGCAAUUUCUCCAGCCACCAUGGAAGUUCUUAUGAGAGUUUUGGCAGAUUGUGAUUCCUGGGAGGACGGAAAUCCUGAAGAAGUGGGUAGGAAGGUAGAGCUUACUCUGAAGUGCCUUACAGAAGUGGUACAUAUCCUUCUCACUAGCAGCUCUGACCAGCGUCAAGUGGAAACCAGUGCUAUUCUGGAGAACUAUUUUAAAUUACUAAAUUCAGAUCAUUCAGCUUUACCUAAUCAAAGGAGGUCCAGAGAGUGGGAAAGCCGGUUCAUAGAUCUACAGGUCAAAAUGCUGAAUACCAUCACGGCCAUGUUAGACUGCAUGGAUAGGCCUGUUCUUCAGGCCAUUUUUCUUAACAGUAAUUGUUUUGAACAUCUCAUACGACUGCUACAGAAUUGCAAGCUGUUUUUAAAUGCUAACAAUAAGGUGACAGACAAGAGCGAGAAAGACCUUGCCAACAAAUUACUGACAGAAAUGAAUGAGGACCAGGUGUUUCAGGGACAGUUGGAUUGUUUGGCUGUAUCAACCAUUCAGGCUCUGACAGCAGUAAUGAACAAAUCUCCAGCUGCUAAGGAAGUAUUUAAAGAAAGAAUUGGUUAUACACAUAUGUUUGAAGUAUUAAAAUCCCUGGGUCAACCAUCACUGGAACUACUUAAAGAACUUAUGAAUAUGGCUGUAGAGGGUGACCACACUUCAGUUGGGAUUUUGGGCAUUAGUAAUGUUCAGCCUCUCUUGCUUCUUAUCCAGUGGCUUCCAGAGCUAGAAUCUCACGACCUGCAGAUCUUCAUCUCUGAUUGGCUGAAAAUAAUUUGUUGCAUUAAUAGACAGAGUCGAACUGUUUGUGUCAAUGCAAACAUGGGGAUUAGAAUCAUUGAAACCCUCGAUUCCCAGUCUUCCCUUCAUCGAACUUGUGCUGAGAACCUGAUUGCACUCCAUGGUUCUUUGGGGAGUCAGUCAGUGAGUUCAGAAGAAAUACGUCGACUGCUAAGACUGCUGAGGGUGGAUGAAUCUGAGUAUAUGCACCCUUAUACAACUCCUGUGACUCGAGCAAUCCUGACAAUGGCCCGAAAACAAAGUCUAGAGAGUGCACUGCAGUAUUUCAAUUUGUCACAUAGUAUGGCAGGAAUUUCUGUGCCUUCUAUACAGAAAUGGCCAGGGUCUGCCUUUUCCUGCAAUGCUUGGUUUUGCUUAGAUCAGGAUCAGAUGACUCUUGGCAGCGCUAACAAAGGAGGAAAAAGAAAACAGCUGUACAGUUUUUUUACAGGAAGUGGCAUGGGUUUUGAAGCUUUUAUUACCCAUUCAGGUAUGCUGGUUGUAGCAGUAUGCACGAAAAGAGAAUAUGCAACAGUUACUCUUCCUGACCACAGUUUCUGUGACUCCCUCUGGCACAACGUAACCAUAGUUCACAUGCCUGGAAAAAGGCCCUUUGGUCAGAGCCUCGUCUAUAUUUAUGACAAUGGACAGCAGAAGGUCUCUGCUCCUCUCAGAUUUCCUGCCAUGAAUGAACCUUUUAUUUCUUGCUGCAUUGGUUCAGCUGGGCAAAGAACCACCACUCCCCCACCAUCCCAGAUCCCAGAUCCACCUUUUUCUUCUCCUAUUACCCCUCAUCGGACAUCAUUUGGAGGAAUUCUGUCCUCAGCUUCCUGGGGAGGAACAAUAGAAAAAUCAAAAUCGAUUACCAAAUUGAUAUCAGCGGGAACCCAAGACAGUGAAUGGGGAUGUCCCACAUCUCUAGAGGGUCAGCUGGGGUCUGUUAUCAUCUUCUAUGAAGCACUACAGCCUCCUCAAGUGAAGGCAUUAUAUUUAGCAGGUCCAAACUGUUUAAGCCCUUGGAAAUUUCAAGAGUCUGACAUGGCUGACCUGCCUGGUAAUGUCCUUCUUCACUACACUGCAAAGGCCUGUAAAAAUUCAAUCUGCCUUGAUUUAUCUACUAAUUGUUUGCAUGGAAGGUUAACAGGAAACAAAGUAGUGAACUGGGACAUUAAGGACAUCAUAAACUGCGUAGGUGGAUUAAAUGUACUCUUUCCUCUAUUGGAACAAAUUAGCCACUCCAGUGAAGGACAGAUUUUUGAAGGAAUGAAUGAAAGAACAGUUUCUGAAUUGAUGACACCUGUAGAAGGAGAUUGGGUGGUAUUGACCUCCACAAAGGCAUCAGAGUCAAGACUAGAGAGAAGUUUAGUUGCAACAUUUAUAUUGAUUAUGAAACACUUUAUUCAAAGACAUCCUAUUAACCAGGACAAUCUUAUUCACUCCCAUGGAGUUUCCACUCUUGGUGCCUUACUUCAGAAGGUGCCAACCACCUUGAUGGAUGUUAAUGUAUUGAUGGCAAUUCAAUUACUAAUUGAACAAGUAUCAUUAGAGAAAAAUAUGCAGCUCUUACAACAAAUGUAUCAGUAUUUACUCUUUGACUUUCGUAUUUGGAACCGUGGAGAUUUUCCCUUUCGAAUCGGUCAUAUACAGUAUCUAUCCACCAUCAUCAAAGACAGCAGGAGAGUUUUCCGAAAGAAGUAUGGUGUGCAGUUUCUCCUAGAUAUGCUUAGGAUUUAUUAUGGGAGUGAUUGUAAAUAUAGUGAGCUGUCUGUAGAUGAUAUUCGAACAAUAAGGACUUCUUUGUAUGGACUAAUUAAAUAUUUUCUGUGCAAAGGUGGAACUCAUGAAGAAAUACAAAGUAUUAUGGGUUUCAUAGCUGCUAUUAAUGAAGAAGAACAGCUCCUUGGAAUUUUAGAUAUACUCUUAAGUCUCCUACAUACCAGUCCAACUAGAGGCCAACUGUUCCUACUGCUGUUUGAACCAGGAAAUGCUGACAUACUCUAUGCCUUGCUCUUAAAUCAGAAGUAUUCUGACAGACUAAGAGAAAUCAUUUUUAAGGUUAUGGAACAAAUGUUGAAAUGCACAAAUGUUUAUGAACGAAGCAAACAACGUAUUCGACUCAGAGAAGUUGGCUACUCAGGGUUGGGACUCCUUGUCAGUGAAGUAUCUGUUAAUACUUCUCUCAUUAAAAACCUCACCAAUCAAAUCAUAAAUACAGAUCCUGCUAUUAAUUUCAAAGAUCUGUUGUCUGUGGUAUAUAUAUCUCACAGAACAUGUAUAAAUGUCAGAGUAGUCAUCUGCAGAAAGAUUUUACAGAUUUUACAGUCCCAGCCAGAUGCAGCACAUCAAAUAUCUCAACAAGUGGGUUGGCAAGACACUUUAGUUAGGCUUUUCUUCAAAGCAGACUUUGAAAAUGAACAUACUGUUCAUAAGCACACUAGGGCUGUCUUAGUGAAAGACAAUGAUAAAAAUACAUCAGCUGAAGACACUAAGAGGAGCUUCGAUGAAAAGACAGAUGAUGAAAAAAUCAACUCUUUUGCCUCAGCUAAUGUGUCUUCAGAUCAGUGGAGCUUGGAGGAUAGACACUCUCUAGAUUCAAAUAUACCAUUAUUUCAAGAAGAUAGCUCUGUGGGAGAAUUGUCUUUCAAAUCAGAGAAUCAAGAAGAAUUCUGGCACAGUAACCCUUCACAUUUGAGUUUAGAUCUGAGUGGAAUUGACUCAUGUGAACUGAGUGAUAGUGGAAGUCAAAUGCCAGACAGCUUGCCUAGCACACCAUCUCCAAUAGAGUCUACUAAAUCAUUUUCUGUGCAGUCUGACAAAGAAAGCAGCAUCACAAGUGAUACGGGCUUUAGUGAUGACUUCUCUUUACUUGAAAGCCAAGAGAAAUGUGAGGAGGAGCUUCUUCAGUUACUGACAGAUAUUUUGAACUAUAUAAUGUGUAAAGGAAUAGAAAAGUCUGAUGAUGAUACCUGGAUUGAACGAGGACAAGUGUUUUCGGCACUAACUAAAUCAGGAAUAUCCAGUGAGCUACUUCGACCAUCAGAUGAGAUAAAACAAAUUUUGCUACAGAAGAUGUUAGAAUGGGCAGUCACGGAAAACAGAGAAGCAAAAACUAAUCCAGUAACUGCUGAAAAUGCUUUCCGACUCAUGCUGAUCAUACAGGACUUUCUGCAGUCAGAGGGACUAGUUAAUUCAAACAUGUGGACUGAGAAGCUUUUAGAGGAUAUGAUGAUGCUCUUCGACUGUCUGUCAGUUUGGUAUUCAGAAGGCCCAGUAUGGGUAAAACUCUCUCAAAUGCAAAUCCAGUUGCUUCUAGGAUUUAUUGGAAGGGGUAAUUUACAGGUUUGUGCGAUGGCAUCAGCUAAGCUAAACACCCUACUUCAGACCAAAGUGAUUGAAAAUCAAGAAGAAGCAUGUUACAUUUUAGGGAAGCUGGAACAUGUUCUAAGUCAAUCUAUCAAGGAACAGACAGAAAUCUAUUCAUUUCUGAUUCCCCUUGUCCGCACCCUGGUUUCCAAAAUUUAUGAGCUGCUUUUCAUGGCUUUGCACCUGCCUUCUUUACCUUUUACCAAUGGUAGCUCCUCCUUUUUUGAAGAUUUUCAAGAAUAUUGCAGUUCAAAUGAAUGGCAAGUUUACAUUGGAAAAUAUAUUGUACCUUAUAUGAAGCAGUAUGAAGCCCAUACAUUUUUUGAUGGUCAUGAGAACAUGGCACUUUAUUGGAAGGAUUGUUAUGAAGCCUUAAUGGUGAAUAUGCAUAAAAGAGACCGGGAAGGAGGAGAAAGCAAACUCAAGUUUCAGGAGUUUUUUGUGGAGCCCUUUAAUCGAAAAGCACGCCAAGAGAACUUGAGGUAUAACAAUAUGCUUAAACAACUUAGCAGUGAACAGUUAGCCACUCUGAGACGCUGGAAGGCAGUACAGCUUUAUCUUACAUGUGAAAGGGGACCUUGGGCUGAAAGGAAACAAAAUCCAAUUCACUGGAAACUAGCUAAUGUAGAAAAUUAUUCCCGCAUGAGACUUAAAUUGGUGCCGAAUUAUAACUUCAAAACCCAUGAUGAAGCUAGUGCCUUGAGAGAUAAUCUAGGUGUCCAACACUCACAGCCUUCCAGUGAGUCAUUGCUUUUGGAAGUAGUGAAACAAGUAAAAGUCAGUGAUCUGGAGGAGGAUAAAUUAGAUCUUCCUGAAGAGGAAAUAACAGCCAGAGUAAAUAUUGAUGAGAAGAAAGAACAGGAUCAAAAAGAAAAAUUGGUGUUGUCUGUAGACUGUGAACUCAUUACAAUAAUUGACAGAAUUCCUGGCAGAUUAGAAAUCACUACUCAACACAUUUAUUUCUACGAUGGCAGCAUUGAAAAAGAAGAUGGAGUAGGCUUUGAUUUCAAGUGGCCUCAUUCUCAACUUCGAGAGAUUCACCUGCGGCGUUACAACUUAAGAAGGUCAGCCCUUGAGAUUUUUCAUGUUGACCAAUCCAACUACUUUCUCAAUUUCAAAAAAGAGGUUAGAAACAAAGUAUAUAGCAGACUAUUAUCACUUCAUUCUCCAAAUAGUUACGGAACCAGAUCACCACAGGAGUUAUUCAAAGCAUCAGGAUUGACACAGAAAUGGGUGAAUAGAGAGAUAUCAAAUUUUGACUACCUAAUUCAAAUAAAUACGAUGGCAGGACGAACCUAUAAUGACCUUGCCCAGUAUCCUGUGUUUCCUUGGAUUUUACAAGAUUAUACUUCAGAAGAGUUGGACUUUAAUAACCCAUCUGUAUUUCGAGAUCUUUCCAAACCAAUUGGUGUAGUUAAUGAUAAAAACGCCAAAGCUAUUCGAGAAAAAUAUGAAAAUUUUGAGGAUCCUAUGGGAAUUAUUGAUAAAUUCCAUUAUGGUACUCACUAUUCAAAUUCUGCUGGAGUUAUGCACUAUCUUAUUCGGACAGAACCAUUUACCACCCUCCACAUCCAGCUUCAAAGUGGAAGGUUUGAUUGUGCAGAUCGACAGUUCCAUUCCAUCCCUGCUACCUGGCAGGCUCUCAUGGACAAUCCAAAUGAUGUGAAGGAACUUAUUCCUGAAUUCUUCUAUUUUCCAGAGUUUUUGGAAAAUCAAAAUCAAUUUAACUUGGGUCGUCUACAAGUUUCCAAAGAACUAGUAAAUGAUGUCAUUCUCCCCAAAUGGGCUAAGUCAGCUGAAGAUUUCAUCUAUAAACAUAGGAAAGCUCUGGAGUCUGAUUAUGUUUCUGCUCAUCUUCAUGAAUGGAUAGAUCUGAUUUUUGGCUAUAAACAGAGGGGACCAGCUGCAGUGGAGGCACUCAAUGUUUUCUAUUACUGUAGUUAUGAAGGAGCUGUGGACUUGGAUGCCUUAACAGAUGAGAAAGAAAGAAAAGCCUUAGAAGGGAUGAUUAAUAAUUUUGGGCAGACACCUUGUCAACUGUUAAAGGAACCACACCCUCCUAGAUUAUCAGCAGAGGAUGCAGUGCAGAAGCAGACCAAAACAGAGACUUCAACCCUAAACCUAUUUCAACACCUCCCUGAACUCAAGUCAUUUUUUGUAGAGGGAAUUAGUGAUGGUAUUCCAUUAAUAAAGGCCAUUGUCCCCAAAAAUCAGUCUCGUUCUUUUAUGACUCAAGGCAGUCCUGAGUUACUGAUAACAGUAAGCAUGAAUUACGUUAUUGGAACCCAUGGAUGGCUGCCUUAUGACAGAAACAUUUCUAAUUACUUUACAUUCAUCAAGGAUCAAUCUGUGACAAAUCCAAAAACUCAGCGUAGUGUGAAUGGUCCUUUUGCUCCAGGGCUGGAGAUCACUUCUAAACUAUUUAUAGUAUCACAUGAUGCGAAGUUGCUUUUCAGUGCUGGACACUGGGAUAAUAGCAUUCAAGUGAUGUCACUUACAAAAGGCAAAAUUAUUUCACACAAUAUCAGACAUAUGGAUAUUGUGACUUGUUUAGCUACUGAUUACUGUGGAAUACAUUUGAUUUCUGGUUCCAGAGAUACUACAUGUAUGGUAUGGCAAAUAACACAACAGGGAGGUGUUCCUGUGGGUUUAGCAUCUAAACCCUUUCAGAUUCUGUACGGACACACUGAUGAGGUAUUGAGUGUCGGCAUCAGCACUGAGCUAGACAUGGCAGUGUCAGGAUCAAGGGAUGGCACUGUGAUUAUACAUACUAUUCAGAAAGGUCAAUACAUGAGGACUUUACGGCCACCUUGUGAGAGUUCUUUGUUCCUGACCAUUCCCAACUUGGCAAUAUCUUGGGAAGGACAUAUUGUCAUCUACUCCAGCAUUGAAGAAAAGACCACCCCCAAGGAUAAGAAUGCAUUGCAUCUGUUUUCUGUAAAUGGAAAGUAUCUAGGAUCUCAAGUCCUGAAGGAACAAGUAUCAGAUAUAUGUAUAAUUGGACAACAUAUUGUCAUGGGAAGUUUACAAGGAUUCCUGUCCAUAAGAGAUCUCCAAAGUUUGAAUCUCAGCAUCAGCCCAUUAGUUAUGCGAUUGCCUAUCCACUGUGUGUGUGUAACCAAAGAAUACAGCCAUAUUCUUGUAGGAUUAGAAGAUGGCAAAUUGAUUGUAGUGGGUGUUGGCAAGCCAGCUGAGAUGCGUUCAGGUCAGCUUUCUCGAAAAUUAUGGGGCUCUAGCAAACGACUCAACCAGAUUUCAUCUGGAGAAACUGAAUAUAAUACUCAAGAUUCCAAGUGAUUAUUAUUUUCAUCUUUUGUCAUGGGUAACUGAAACUUGAUUUAUUGCUUUGUCACUUUAACCACAUCUCUCAACUGUCUGAAAUGUUUCAGGGCUUUUAUCCCUGAAAAUCACUUUGUGAUUACCAAAAUUUGGUAGGGUAUGUGUAGAAGGAUAUAGGUUGUAUUAUUAUUCACUGUAAAAAUUUCUGAUUAACAUCAUUGAAUCCAAUCUUAUUAACUAAUUCUUGGUCUACACUAAGAUGGAUUUGAGAAAAUACAUUUAAUUAGAUUUAAUGGUCUGUUCCUAAUGAUCAUUAGAUCCAUUUUUAGAAACAAACUUCUAAAAAUGAAGAAGUUAGAUUCAAUAUGCUUAUUAUUCUAAAGAGCAAUAUUUAAGGUAUUUCUAAUAAAGCAUUCUUUUGUUAAUCAUUUUCCUGUAUACUGACCACCCUAUUUAAAAAUACACCAAUUUAUUUGUGGAACUCCUGAUUGGAGGAAAUAUUUUAGAGGUAUCUGUUGCAUACUUGGAUUUUUAAAACUAAGUAUAAAUUCCAGGUUUUCAUAAGUUGAAAAUAAGACUAUUAAAACUGGCACAUUGGUUCAUUCCACUACUACUUAGCACAUCACUAAUGAAAAUUUAUUGAAAUGUAUUAUUAUUCUUAAAUAAUAAAGGUUGAGUAGGAAUAAAAGAAACUAGAGAUACAUUUUGCAGAUGUAUUUUAUUAGUAAUACAACUAAGGAAAAUGCUAAUUAUGAUUUUGACAGUUGACUCCUUUAAGUAGCAUUUGCAGCACAAUUUAUAUCUGCAAAACUCAAAAUUUCUUGACUUUUUCUUUACUAAACAAAUGCUUUGUUUUCCCCUGGUAAUUAGAAGAGUUAGCAAUGAUAUCCAAAUAUAUUACAUUUUUAUGUAGGACUUCCAUGUGAUGAGUGAAUUGAAAAGAUAUGUAUAACUCAAACUAGUCAUUUAGAUAUAGUAGUAAUUUUUAAAAAUAACACAUUUCUAUUUCAUGUUAUGUAUAACUUUUAGGAUUGCAAUUGAUUUUGUUAUACAUAGCUAAUUGUUACAUUAUGGUUUACUAUUCAAGAUUUUGUAGUAAAAGGCUGAUAGAUUUAUUUUUGGAAUUCAGAGAUUGUUAAACCUAGUGCUUUUAUAAGGUCAUCUUUUGUGUUAGGUCAAAGAGCUUUUACAACUAUGAGUGUCCUUAAUCUGAGAUUCUAUGGGCUUGUGGGAAUUUAUGAAUCGCCUGAAACUGUGUAAAAAUUUUGUGUGUUAACUGCAGUUUUUUCAAGAAUGAAUUGUCCCUUGGCUUUCUUAAAGGGGUCUGUGAUCAGAAAAAAGUAAGACUUUUCACUCUAAUAGCCUCUUAAAAUAAUAAUAUUCUUUUUCAUUCCACAAACCAUAGAUUUCCUUACAUCCAGUUGUCAUCUCAAUUGAAUCUUUGAGAAAUUUUUACUUUGCAAUUCUUUUCUCCUUGUUGCCUACAAUACCUAGUACCCUUUUCUUUAUAACCCUCUGAGUGAGUAAAAAAUUUGUAACAAGUAAAGGAUUCUGUUUAGGGAAGCUUUUUGAAUAGAUUUGUUCUAUUUGAGUCAGGACUAAUAAAAGGUUAUACUAGAAGAAUUUUUAUCACAAUUACUAUUUAGCACAAGUAGUGGGGAGCUUUGUUCACAGUACAGUAGAUAUCCUACUUAGACUAACAGUAGAUGUUCAGAGCAGUAGAAUUACAUCUUAUAUUACUUUGUCCAAAAAGUAAAAACCAAAAAUGUAGAAUUUUGAGGAAAAUCUUUGAGAAUACUAGCAACAAUCUAGAGGAAUGGAACUUAAAAGUUUAUUUAAUAAGCAGCAAAUAUAGGUUGGAGCAAAAGUAAUUGCGGUUUAAAAAGUUUAAAAUAAUUGCAAAAACCUCAAUUACUUUUGCACCAACCUAAUAGUAGAACUAUUGGUCAAAUAAUAUUCUCCUUUAAACAGUUUAGCCCACUAAAUUAAAAAUCACUAGAUAAAAUCAGUGGAAAGAUAUACUUGGGGGGAUUCUGGUGUUUUUAGAUGAUAUCCAUAGAAAUUAUUUCUAUAUUGUAUGAUGGGAGAUAAUAUUAAUAGUAUCAUUGGAAUGGAAUAACAGGUGGACAUUUCAGGUAAUCAAUAUAAUAUCUCAACUUGGCUAUUGUAAAGUCUGUUGUCUUUGCAGAACUUUUCAUCUGCUUUUGUUUCUUAACACUGGUGAUGAUGGAAAUAAUAAUCUCAGCAUCCUGGUGAUGAGAGAUUUAUAUGAAGAUGAUAAUUUUACUUUUUAGAGAGUGAGGUUAAGUAUGCAAACCUAAUAGUUGCACUCACUUAGAGAAUAAAGAAGCUUUAUAAGACUUUUUUCAACUCUCCCCAAUCAGUAUUCUGUCAUUACUUAGGUAAAAUUGGAGAAGAUAAAAUAGAUCAUGGCAUGAAAAUUAGAAAAGUAUAUGAAAAUGAAGUUUGCCCAGUUGGUUUAAAAUCUUUUAAGCUUGUGAAGUUCAUAUCAGCUAUGAAUAAGUUUCUAUCAGUUUUCUUUAGGUCACAGUGCUAUUUUUAGGUUAUAUCCUUUUGUAGGAGAGAAAAUACCAAGUAUUCAUUCGUCAUUAGCAAGGAAUAUCAGUGAGGCUUUUUUUUUUUUCAAUGUAAGGCAUGUAAAAAUUAUCUUUAAAGAACUGGUAUUGAAAAUCAGUUUCAUGCUUCUGAAGGAAUAAGUGUGCCCUCAUAGUAAAUUAGAAUUUAGAUACGAAAUUUGAAUCUUAAUUUAAGAUUUUUAUUUUUCUUGAAUAGGAAUAGGCAGAUAAAUUUGUGAACUUGAAUACCAUAUUUUUCUUUAAUGAUAAACUCAUGGCCUUUACAUUUAAGUGUAUUUUAUAUUGUUACUACUAAAGAAAUCACUAAUGGAAAUUUUUAAAUUGAAUUUGAAGAAGUUAGCUCCUUUUAUAUAUUUAUAUUUAUAAAAUGAGUAGUAUUGUCUUUAUCACCUUUCCAAUGGAAAGAUGCAAGUGCAUGGACUAUAUUAAAUAAAAAUAUAAUAUGUAGUGUCAUGGGGGCUGUGUGUGUGUAGGUUGGUCUCUUCAAAUACGUCACUAAACUUGUCUUCCAUAAAUAAGUUCUUUAACCUGUUUUUAGGAUAUAGCUUUUGACUGAUACAAGAAAUGAAGUAUGUUCUUUUUCUUUUCUAAAUCUAACCUGUUGUUUUUCUUCAUCAACCAGACACAUAGCUUGUCCUAAUUACAGUUUUUCUAAUCAACUGAAACUGUUCUUUCCCAGUAAGUGACCAGUCUUAAAUAUUUUUAUCACUCUCAGCAAAUACCCAUUUUCAAUAUUCUUUUUACCUAAUUCAUUUCUUUGUAUAGUUGACAUUUCAUUUGUUUUAAACUUUACCCCAUGGAGAACGUUGUUCUGGAGAGUUUCCCUGCAUCAGAGUUCUCGUGAUACUUUUUCUUAUGACAUUAGGCAUCAUCAUUUAAAUAUUAUUAAAAUGCUGACCACAACCUUACUUCUUUAAUUUGAAUCUAGCAUUUUUCUAGGCCAGUGUUUCUUAACAAAGAUUGCAGAUCAGACUUGUCAAUGAAGUUUUAUAAAUUUACAGAAGUCUAGGCACUACUCUGGACUUUGUGAAUCUCUUUACUUGAUGUUCUUGGUAUAAAAUAAAUAAUGUCUCAGGAUUAUUAUAUUAAAUCUUAAAAUAUUUGUAGAAAUUAUAUUCACUCAUUUUUAUAAAUCAGAUCUAAUAUUCACAGGCUUAUUUGAAAACAGUUUUAAUCAUUAUCUUUGGAGACAUUUUAUCAAAAACUUGAUUGGAAUGCCCAUUUGUCUUUGUAUUACGUGCUAUGGAAACCAAAUUUCCUUCCGCAUUAUUAUCAUAAACCCUUUUCAGACCUUUCAUAUUUGAAAAUUGUAAUUAAUAAUUACCUUAAAAAUAAGUGUUUGCUUUUAUUAGUUCCUAGUGACUGUCAGUGAAUAUUUGCAUAUUUGAAUUAGGUAAUGUUUUAAAGCAUUAAUAAUAAGCAUGAGUAACAAAAUGCUAUAUUUAAAAACCAUUUAUUAGGUUGGUGCAAAAGUAGUUGUGGUUUAAAGGUUAAAAAUAAAUGCAAAAGCCGCAAUUACUUUUGCACCAACCUAAUAGAUCCCUUGUAACCUUGAAGCUAGUAAUCAAUAGAAUUUUCCUAUUUAAAAGCAUUGGAUAAAUUCCUUCCACUUCUGAUGACUUUUGUCGGUAUAACCUCUGUAUGGAAAUAAUCUUUAAUUUUUCAUACAAAAUGUCCUAGUAUUACAAAUAGAAAAUAAAGCAUUAACAUUUAAGAUAUUUAGGCCUGUAUUGGAAACAAUUCAAUUUUCUACAUUUAAAAUAUAAGUCCAUCCCAGAUUAUAGCAGUUAAGUGAUUUUCUUCAAUACAAGAAACUUGUGUAAAAAUGGCCAUAUUAUUAGAUACUUUUCUGGUAGAUUGUAGUAAUUCUUCAGAUGCAUCAUCUUAGAUUAUCUCAACUGACAAUUGUCACAUGUAGGUAAUUUCUGAACACAUUGCAAGAUUUGGACCUAUGAAGCUAAUGGCUUUAGUGAAAAAAAGAAAUGUAACUGUAUUUACUUUUGUCUUAAUGCCUACAAUCUUAUGAACUGAAAAUUCAACGGAAAAAAGCAAGUAGAGAGUCACUAAUUCAACAUUUGUUUUCCGUGGUAUAGUUUUAAUAUGUUUCCUUGGAAACUUAUUUUACAAAUAUUAUAAUAAUAAUAACAGCACAAUUUUGUCACUGAAAGAAUUACCCAUUCAGUUUUCAAAGUUGACUGUUAGUGGAGUUUUGUGUGUAUGUUGUGUGUGUGUGUGUGUGUGUGUGUUUUCACUUAUAAUAUGGCUGUCUCGUUAUUUAAAAUUUAUAACUAUUUUUGGGUGUACAAAGUGAUUAGCUAGUUAUAAUACUGUUACAAUGUAGUGUUGUAAUUUGAGAUUAGAAAACAAGUUAGGAAUUAGGUGAGACUGGAAAAUAAAAUUAUAUUUUAUAGGUGAAAAUAUAAACUUAAAAAAAAGUGUUAUUCCAAUUGGACCUUUUAAAAUUUUAUUUUGGUAAUAAUGUAUUUCAACAUGUAUUAAAAUUAGAGGUUCUGGUAACCAGUGAACUAACUAGUUAACGAUAAAUGCUAUUUUUGAUGUUCCUUAGAAACUUUUCCCUAUAUUGUAUAAGCAGUGUGGCUUAAGAUUUAGUGGGCUCAACCUACAAAUUCAAGAAAUACUCUUCUUGCAUUUUAAAGAAAAAGAAACUCAUCUGUGAUAGACAUAUUAUUUUGUUCUUCAGAAUGCUAAAAUUAUAUUAAUAAACACUUGAGAUAGUGGUUCUGGUAAGGAGAUACCAGUUGUCAGACUUUAUGGAAAAGAAUUUCAACCUUAAUUUCUUACAUAAGGAUUAAAGAGAAUAAUUUUAUUUCUUCCUUUGGGAUUUUGAUUGCUUUUCUGAGAUAACCUAUAAAUUACUUAAUUAUAAUAGUUUCCAUACUUCUUCCAAAGUUAUGACAUAUUACAGUAGAUCUUACGGUUAAAAAUCUUGUACAUUUUAGACAUUUUUUCUUAUUCUGUUUUUCACUGUUUUCUGUAAUUCAUAAGUACCAUAACUAAACUUUUUUUGUGGCUACUAUUUAUUUUAGUUAGCUUUACAAAGGAAAAAUUGUUAGAAAACAAUAUGGCUGGUCUGUUCUCUUCAGAAACUCCUAAUAGGUCUGGCUUUUCUCCCCCCAACUAUUAUGCUUUUAAAGACUUGGAGCAAAAAAAUUGCAAAAAUUAAUCAGAGAUCUAGCCAGACAAUCAUUUUCUAUCAAAUGAAUUGCUAUAGAAGUGAAUCCAUUAUGACAGAAAAAUAUCAAACAAAUGAUUUGUCUCUUAUGUCAAUUUUUCUGGUACCCAGAUUAAAUAGGAGCAUUUCAGUGUUAACACGGAGGGUAACAGUGACUUGCAUGUGUGUGUUUGUGUGUGUGUGUGUGUGUGUGUGUAUGUAUUUGCACAUAGUCAAUUCAGAGGAUAGCUGAAAAUUCGGAAUUACAUAUAAAAAAAUUGCAAAUUGUGCUGCUACUUAAAUAUUUAAUUUAAAAAGUUAUCUAGUUAUCAUAAACGUUCCUUCUCAUUUUUCCUACUGGAAUUGACCAUGAAAAAGAAUAUUACGCCUUAUUUAUAUCUAAUUAUUGACUGUGCAGAACUGACUCAGUGAAUAUUUGUAUGCCAAAAAAAGGGUUUUAAAAUUGAGAAAGUUUUAGACUCGAUAAAGAUAUGUAA